GGGAGCGCCGGUCUGCUGCUGCCGUUGGUACAGAAGGGGAGUACCUGCGCCCAAACCCGACAUCACCUUUAGAAAUUAUCACAUCGCAGUCUCUUAGUCCGUUUCUCUUCAUCAUACAUAACAAAGAUGUCCCAAUUUGUGUUAAAAUUAACAAACGCGUAAUGGAUAUAGCUGAUGACACAGCAGUGAGGAUCUGAUUUUUAUGUUUCUUCAGUAUCUGUGCAUUAUGGUAGACUCCAGCCGGAGCAUCAAACACAAACUCGACCCUGAUGCAAACACCGUCAGGAUACACAAAACCGACAAGUAUGGAAUCGCCUUACACGUAGGGUCUCGUUUUUAAUGCUCACUCGGUUAGUAGAGCCGCUUAGAUGUGAUUUGCGUUCACCUGUUUCUUUUAUUUACGCAUUGUCAGAGCGUUUUUGUCAGAUCGAGAGAAAGUAGCCUACACACACACACACACACAAACGACCACUGUUCGCAAAUUAUGGACGAAGACAAAAUGACAAAAAGCGAGGAGCAUCAUCUGAGUUUGCAAAAAGCCUUGCAGCAGUGCGAACUGGUGCAAAACAUGAUUGACAUUAGCAUUUCCAGUUUGGAGGGACUGAGGACCAAAUGUGCCACAUCCAACGACUUGACACAAAAAGAAAUUCGAACGCUGGAGGGUAAGCUGGUGAAGUAUUUUAGCCGGCAGCUGUCCUACAAGCAAAAAGUGCCCUUACAGGAGAGGAACAUGGAGCUGGACACCUUCCCACGCCUCACACACUGGUUCCGUAUCGUCAACUUGAGGAAGGAGGUGAUGGAGGAGAUCUCGCCAGGUGAGUUGACUCUGGAGGCCCUGUUGGAGAUGUCCGAUGAAGAGGUUUGUGGGACGCUGCAGAAGUUUGGAGCUAGUGAGGAGGAGUGUGCACGUCUGAACGCCUCACUCACCUGCCUGCGCUCUGCCCACAAGUCAGAACAACUUGAGGAUGACAAAUUCCACAGCAGUGGAGGAACCAGUAGUAACCAGACCAAACAGGACUGGUCCAUCCAGUGGCCCAUGUCUGAGUCCGGUAAGGAGAACACUCCCGUGGGACCUCCGGAACCGGGCCAGUGGGUGCGCCUGCAGCUGUCCCAGAGCCCCAAACUGCAGAGCCGCUACAACCAACCCCUGUGCCACAGCCCGCAAGCCCUUGCCCCGCCCUUCUACACCCUCCACCCGCACGGUCAGGCCGACCGCCUCGCCGUGGACACCCACCUGGCCCGCCUGCCCUCCGGCCUGGACGCCGCGGGCCACCGCUCACUCCCCCCGUCACCCAGACAGAGGCACUUUGCCCACACGCCUCCGAGGACUCCCCUGGUGGUGAACACCAUGACCCCGCCGGGGACGCCACCCAUCCGGCGCCGGAACAAGCUGAAGGCUCCUGGCACGCCGCCGCCGUCCAGCCGCAAGCUCAUCCACCUGCUGCCCGGCUUCACCGCCCUCCACCGCAGCAAGUCACACGAGUUCCAGCUGGGCAACCGGGUGGACGAUGGCCAGAUGCCCCGAGCCAGGAAAAAGGCCAAGCCCCUGAACCUGAAGAUCCACAGCAGCGCGGCAGGGAGCUGUGAGAACCUUCCUACCCAGCGCUCUCCACUGCAUUCUGAGCUGUCCCUCCGCUCCUUCUUCUUCCCUAGCCUCGUGCCCUCCACGCCGCCCGUACACGCCGAGACGCCCUCCGCCAACACUCUGUCAGUUCCUCGCUGGUCUCCUCAGAUCCCUCGCAGAGACUUGGGCAACUCUAUUAAACACAGAUUUUCCACCAAGUACUGGAUGUCACAGACGUGUAUAGUAUGUGGGAAAGGAAUGUUAUUUGGCCUGAAAUGCAAAACCUGCAAGUUGAAGUGCCAUAAUAAAUGCACCAAAGAGGCUCCUCCUUGCCACUUGCUCAUAUACCAUCGAGGAGGUAGAGACUCACUGAAAGACCAAGGGACGUCUCAAGCUCGUCAGCUUGUCAGGACAGAGUCAGUACCGUGUGACAUAAACAACCCCCUCAGGUACACAGACCUGCAUAUCAGCCAGACUCUGCCCAAAACCAACAAAAUCAACAAGGACCACAUCCCUGUGCCGUACCAGCCGGACUCCAGCAGUAACCCCUCGUCCACCACUUCCUCCACCCCAUCAUCCCCUGCCCCUCCUCUGCCUCCCAGUGCAACCCCACCCUCCCCACUCCACCCCUCUCCUCAGAGUAUCAGACAGCCAAAACAGGCCAACCUAACAGCAUCUCACUACUACAAAUACAAGCAGCAGUUCAUCUUCCCUGAUGUAGCCCCAGAGGUUCCCAGUAGAGCUCCUCAGGUUAUCUUACAUCCUGUGCUGUCAGAGCCUGGUAACAAAGGAAACCCUGUUCUCCAGAUCGAGGUUGAACCUACUUCAGAUAACGAGGAUGGGAACGACGAGGCCGAGGACUCGGCGGACGAGUUUGAGGAGAUGAACCUCUCGCUGCUGUCGGCACGCAAUUUCCCGCGCAAAGCCAGCCAGACGAGCAUCUUCCUGCAGGAGUGGGACAUCCCCUUCGAACAGCUGGAGAUCGGCGAGCUGAUUGGCAAGGGCCGGUUCGGCCUGGUGUACCGGGGUCGCUGGCACGGCGAGGUGGCCAUCCGCCUUAUUGACAUUGAGCGUGACAACGAGGACCAGCUGAAGGCCUUCAAACGCGAGGUGAUGGCAUACCGUAACACGCGGCAUGAGAACGUGGUGCUCUUCAUGGGAGCGUGCAUGAGCCCGCCACACCUGGCCAUCAUCACCAGCCUGUGUAAAGGGAGGACACUUUACGCAGUAAUAAGAGACGCUAAAGUCAUCCUGGACGUAAACAAGACCAGACAGAUUGCACAGGAGAUGGUUAAGGGUAUGGGCUAUCUUCACGCCAAAGGAAUCCUUCACAAGGAUAUGAAGUCUAAAAAUGUCUUCUAUGACAACGGGAAAGUUGUCAUCACUGAUUUUGGACUCUUCACUAUAUCUGGUGUCUUACAAGCAGGCAGUAGGAGGGAGGAUAAGAUACAAAUCCCAAGUGGCUGGCUGUGCCAUCUUGCCCCUGAGAUCAUCCGUCAACUCUCCCCUGAGACAGCCGAAGACCAGCUUCCUUUUUCCAAGCAGUCAGACGUCUUUGCCUUCGGCACUGUCUGGUAUGAGCUGCACGCAAGAGAAUGGCCGUUUCAGAACCAGCCAGCGGAGGUGAUCAUGUGGCAGGUGGGGAGUGGCACGAAACCCAGCCUGACUCACGUCGGCAUGGGCAAGGAGAUAUCGGACAUUCUGCUCUUUUGCUGGUCACACGAGCAGGAGGAGAGGCCCAGCUUCUCCAAACUGGUGGAGCUGCUGGAGAAACUCCCCAAACGCAACCGCCGCCUCUCCCAUCCCGGACACUUCUGGAAAUCAGCUGAGUAUGUCAAAUGAGCUCCAUUCUCAACCCUACCCCCACCCGCCCGCGUUCCAAAUACCGUUUCUUUGGAAUUCCAAAUUCCAAAAGAAACACUAGGAAGUACUGGAGAUGAUUUUGCUGUGUUACAUAGGGACCCGUUGCAGUGCGCUAAAGUCCUGUAAUGAGUUCCUGGUGGGGCAAAAUAACCUGCCUAAACUGACUUUGUGUUGGCUGCUGGAUUGUACGUGUAUAUUGCUGUAUGCAUAUAUCGGUGUUUCCCUAGCACCCUGACCAGCUAGCGUACACAGAGCUCAUGUCUUUCUGUUGUUUAAUGUUUGACCAUGUAUGGAAGAUAGAAGAUUUCUUUUUGUUUUCUUCUGUGUUCCUUUUGGUUGUUUUUCUCAAUCUGUUGGAUCUGUUUCUGUUGUACCGACUUACAAAUUUAUUUGUGAUUAAUUUCUCAAUGUUAUCUUUUGAUGAAAACAUCUUUUCAGUCAUAUGCCAUGUCAUUCUGUAUUGAGUGCAUUUACAAUGCAUUUUUAUGAACAAAUGCCAGUUCUUUUUAUUCUUUGUGAGUUGUGUGUCUGUAAUUGUAUUUUUAUUUCUACAGACAUAGAGUCACAGAGUGAAUGUAUUUAUUUUCAGACUUGAGAAAUGUAUUACUUGCAGUUAUUUUAUCAUUGUUUCUUUAUUUUCUGUCAGUCCGGUCACUGUCCUUUUGUCUGUUUUCUGUGAGUGAGCGCAUGUUGUAGCCAUUCCCAUGUCGCGAUGCGUAGUUUGUAUGAAGUGCACAUGGAUAUCCUUCAUUCAUGAAUGUUGAAAUGAAUGUUCCCAACUCUCAUUCUUACUGAUUUAGAAUGUCAAGCUGUUUCCUAUUUAACUGACUAAUUAUUUUUGCCUACCAAGAAUGAAAAGCGUUUGAAUAUUGGCGACGUCAGUAACAGAGAAUUACGCUUGUACAUGUAAUUAUUAACACUUGAAUGGUAUCACACGUAAAUGUGAACUGGCUGGAGUAAAAAAAAAACAAAACGCUGUUUCUGAGCCGUCGUGGAGGAGGAGGAGAGUUAACGUUUAUCGGACAGGCGUAUUGGAUACCUGUGAAUGUUUUGAGCACAUUUUACACCAUAAUGUACACUGUUAGGCUGCACAUGUCUGUACUAGGGGGUUGCGUACCAUCGGUCGCCAUGCAGGAGUUCAUGCUGAAACCAUUUGUAAAUUAUGAAACACCUAUUAGAGUUGCAUGCAAGUGUUUGCAGUGGAAAAUGCAAAGGAGACCACUUCAUAUUUUGUCGUUAAUGUUCGACUCAGCAUGUUAGCUGAGUAUGACUUUAAAAGAAGUGCUAAACUGCUUUAACAUACACUCUGGGUGCAGACAAUCUCUUCAUGCAUACAGACAUUCUUAAUAGUUCCUAACCAGUUCCAGUGUCCAGACUGCUUAUGGCUCUAUUGCUGCUGUUUUCUGAAGUAUUCAAGUCUAUUUUAGGAGCACUGAAAUUCAGAUAUCGUUUUGUGGGUCAUUUAUAUUUGUACAGAUUAUAUCUUUUAAAUGCAUGAAAGGACCCAUAAGGGAUCUGUCUAUGUUAACUAAAUGAAGAAGAAACCUCAGAUCCAUUUCACAAUAAAGUGUAAUUUAUAGUGUUUAGAUUAUUACCAUUAUCAUACAUACCAUAACCAUUAAAAUAUGUAAGAUGAUAGAUGUCUUAGUCAAUGAUUGUGAUAUUAUAUUCUACUCAUACCAUAUGCUGGAUGAGGAGUGGAUAGAAAUGUAUUCCAUCCUCAAAAAAAAUAAAACAAACCUAUGGGAGGAGUUGUGAAGGAGGUGGGAGGAGCUUGUCAUCUCCAUCAGCAGUGUCAGUGCCAAGCCUGUUCACCAUGACGUGGACGCCAGUUGUAAUCCGUAGCUGUAAAUGAAGUUUCUCAUAUGGGUGUACGCCAGACGAAGAAUGUAUGAAUUCAUACCGUGUGUGUCUUUUCUUUCGUUUUUCUCACUUUAUUUCGGUCUUAAGUUGUCUUAUGGACUUUAAUUAUGAAUUCAUGUUUUCUGUUUUUUUUCUCUCCAUUAAGUUGUUUUUUUUAAAUUGCGUGCCAGUUGUCUGCCGCUCCGUUUGGACUUUCUUUAUGGUUGAGUUUCUGUACUAUAGGUUGUAGUUGUACAAAUGCUUGUAUUUACAGAUUGCCUUAUGGUGCACAGCUUAGUGACGGCUAGACUCAUCACGAGCACUUUCUUUGCAUUCAUCCUUUACGAAAUAUGACAAUAAAAAUGUUCAUUUUGGAAUUUUA